AGUUUUGACGUUCUGUCCAGCCGAUUGGCUCGUGGGGCUCGUGUUUUUUUGAAGUGUUGUACCACGCGCGUGUUGAUUCCACAGUCGUAUAUAACCUCUAAAUUCAUCAGCACGAAAACGAUAUUUGCCCCUUCACUGUUUCGUUCUUAUUUACCGUUCUCAGUCAAUCGUUGAACGUUAGAAAAAAAUCAAAAAAUUUCAGGAUGGAGCUAGGGAUAGACGAAUAUCCUGAUAUAAACGUACGUUUGGCGGUUUAUCGUCAAGAUAUGAAUUUAAUACCUCUCGACAGUAUUCAACCACGAUUUUACACUCCUGGAGAAGAAAUCACUGGACAACCAGACUUCCUGAGAGGCCAUGGUACUUACGUGGAUGAAGAAGAAACUUUGCGAGCUUCUGUUGCAGGAGUACUGGAAAAAGUUAACAAACUAAUAUCUGUCAGGCCUCUGAAAACAAGAUAUCAAGGGGAAAUUGGUGACGUUAUCGUUGGUAGAAUUACAGAGGUCCAGCAAAGCAGAUGGAAAGUCGAUACUAAUUCCAAGCUUGACUCCGUUCUAUUGUUAUCCAGUGUUAACCUACCGGGAGGAGAACUUAGAAGACGUUCAGCAGAAGAUGAGCAGACAAUGCGACGGUAUCUACAAGAGGGAGAUUUGAUUUGUGCUGAGGUGCAAAACACAUAUUCAGAUGGAUCACUGUCUCUGCACACUCGUGUAUUAAAAUAUGGAAAAUUAUCGCAAGGAAUAAUGCUGAAAGUGCUACCAGCUUUAAUAAAACCAAUGAAAACCCAUUUUCAUAAUUUAGCCAAUGGCGCUGUAUUGAUUCUUGGUACUAACGGUUAUGUAUGGAUCGGAGCGAACAGCUCUGGUACUGAUCGUUCGGAAGGUGGAUUCACUCAAGAUUUAUCAAGGGUGCCUCAAGUUGAUCGGGAAGUUUGCGCAAGAUUGCGUAAUUGUAUAAUUAUUCUUGCAGAGUCAAAUAUUGUUUUGACCGACACUUCUGUCACUUAUGCCUUUGAGGAAUCCUCCAAAUACAAUACCAAUGAGUUGCUGCAGCCAGAGCCUAUAGCGGCGAGAAUGGACGCGUGCUUCACCGCUUUCGACAAAGACUGCGAUGGUUUUUUGUCCAUCGACGAAUUCGAGCUAAUAUGCCGGGCACUAUUUCGAAACGAUCGCGGCAAGAUCUACGGUCUCGAAGAAAAACAAUUGGUCGAGAUUUAUCAGAUAUUCGAUUUCAAAUGUGACGGUAAACUCGAUCGAGAAGAAUUUGAGAUAUGUUGGAAUCGUUGGAUAAAAGUUUGUACUAGGCCACGAAGUGCGUUUCUCAUCGUCGAUGUCCAGAAUGACUUCAUAACAGGAUCGUUGAACAUAAAAAAUUGCGCGGCACAACAUGAUGGAUCUGAAGUAAUCGAGCCCAUAAAUCGCCUCCUCGAGACCGUACAAUUCGAUUCGGUGUUUUAUUCCCUCGAUUGGCAUCCUGUCGAUCACGUAUCGUUCAUCGACAAUUUACAUCUGAGAGAAGUCGACGAGUCGAGUCCAAUUUCGAAAGAGGAAGCGCGAGUCUACGACACCGUGACAUUUCGAGGGCCACCUACACUGAAGCAACGUCUGUGGCCUCGUCAUUGCGUUCAAGAUUCGUGGGGCGCGGAACUUCACAAAGAUCUCAAAAUAGUCGAUAAAGCGAUCAAAAUUUACAAAGGCACAAAUCCAGAAGUUGAUUCUUAUUCAGUAUUUUGGGACAACAAAAAACUGACGGAAACGACACUUUCGUCUCAACUACAGGGCAAAGGUGCAACCGACAUUUAUAUUUGUGGGUUGGCCUAUGACGUUUGUGUUGGAGCGACUGCUGUCGACGCUCUUACGAGCGGUUAUCGAACCAUACUCAUCGAUGACUGUAGCCGCGGUGUUGACCUCGUUGACAUUGAAAAAACCAAAGCUGCGGUUAUCUCGAGUAACGGUGUUAUCGUUAAUUCCAGCCAGGUGAAAGCCAUGAUCGAGGGUAAAGAUCGUAGGCCUGAGCUCGGCUAUAAACUUGCUCUUGAACUUAAAAACUCUUUACUCAAUAGGCGACGAGAUUACGGUUAAUUAGCGCUCAUUUUCUUUACUGAUCAGUACUUAUUUACUAGCAAAUCGGGCAAAUGUUCAUUGCUGAUACUAACAAACUUGGAUUUUUUUUCUCUUUCGAGGGUGGGUUUUAGUUGACGGAUUCAACAUUUGAAAUUGACUCAAAUCUUUAGCCGUCAAUAAAAAUUUAUUGAAAGGUGGUAAAGCCAUCGUUUUUGUGGUGGUUUACACUUGAACCUAGUUCCAAUAUACUUUCAACCAAAGAUAAACCUUACUUUUAUCCUCCGGUUAUCGCUGUACAACUGGUCGAACAAAUUUGUGAAGUUUGUUCGAUUGGUUGUCGCAAGAACAUUCCGAAUAGUAAAUUUCCCAUUGUGCUCAUCAUAAUUAAAUUCCGGAAAAUCCAAAGAAAGUUUUCACGUUUUGUAAGAAUAUUAAGGCAAUUCCAGAUAUUUUACAUAUUUUUCCUUCCCUCCUAAUUCUACUGUAGAUUAUUUCAAGAACAUACAGAGUAAAAAAAAUCCAGUUUGAAAAUUAUCUCCUACUUAUUAGAAAAGCAAAAUGUUAUUUUUUUCUUUGCUUGUUUAUAAAUUGGAGAAAAAUAAGAAAUAAACAGAAAUUGCUCUCUGCCUUGUACUUGCAGCAAUUGUUGCCUGAAUAUGACAAAAAGUUUAACUGAACUGCUCAAAACCGUUGCUCGAUCUGCUAGGGUUACACUCGAUAGAAUAUGUUGUAAUAUUUAUUGUUGCAUUGAGUAGAUGACAAAUUGAAAUGUUCCUAUUAGUAAUUUAGGGGGAGCCUCAUAUUAGGUGUUGAUUCCUUAUAAAAUGUGGUUGUCGAAUGAAAAUUCUAGUUUCGAUGAUACAUGUUGUUGUUACACGUUUAAAAUUUUAUGGGGAUGUAAAGUUUGGUGAAAAAGUUUCAAAAUAAAUAAUUAUUGCUAUGUAA